UCACAGGACACAAUGUUGUCCAAAGAUGUUAAAAUCCACAAACCCUUAAAAGACAGCAUCUCACCCAAGGAGAGAGACAUCCCCAAAUCCUCACAGGACACCAUCCUGUUCAAGGAGAGAGACAUCCCCCAAUUCUCACAGGACAAAAUCCUGUUCAAGGAGACAGACAUCUCCAAAUCCUCACAGGACACCAUCAUAUCCAAAGAUGUUAAAAUCCACAAGCCCUUAAAAGACAGCAUCUCACCCAAGGAGAGAGACAUCCCCCAAUUCUCACAGGACAAAAUCCUGUUCAAAGCGAGUGACAUCCCCAGGUCCUCACAGAACAGCAUCCAAUUCAAGGAGGGAGAAAUCACCAAGUCCCCAGAAGACACCAUCACAUCCCAGGAAGACUACAUUAUCAAGCCCUUAGAAGACACAAGGCUACCCGAUGAAAGCAACAUCUCAUACUUGGAAACGGAAACAGAGCUUCCGGAGGAAGACAUGGUGAGAAUGAUCAUUGGCAAGGAGGAGUUUGAGGAGGUGCUUAAAGAGGCCGGGGAGAAGCUGGUGGCAGUGGAUUUCUCAGCCUCUUGGUGUGGGCCCUGCAGAGCCAUCAGGCCGUACUUCCAUUUCCUGUCUUUGAAACAUGACGAUGUGGUGUUCCUGGAAGUAGAUGCCGAUGACUGCGUAGAACUGGUACAAGACCGUGAUGUCUUCACCCUCCCAACUUUCCAGUUUUACAAAAAAGAAGAAAAGGUGGCUGAAUUUUCUGGAGCCCUCAGGGAAAAGCUGGAUGCAAACAUUGAGGAAUUAAAGUAA